AUGAAGUUUUUCACUUGGUUAUUAUACCUUAUAAAAAUUAAUUUAUUACAAAUUAUUGUUAAUGGUUCACGAAAUCCAUCAUUAAGUUUACAAUAUUUAGAUGAUCCAAUGUUUGAAGCUUCAAAAUGUUCACCAGCUGAUCCUGUGAAUGGUAGUGGUAUAUAUGCUGCAGAAUAUAAUCAACAGUUUAUGAAUAAUAUAACAGAUAUACCUGAAGCUUAUUUAUAA